CAUGACAGAGACGACAAACCACCGACGAAAACAGGCCCCCCCCUCUCUCUCUCUCUCUCUCUCUCGACGUAAGCCCGUCCAUCGGAGGGGAAGUAAUCAAAUGGCGACUCGUCUCAGGCAUAUUUCUUCAGCAUUUUAUCUUUUCCUGUUACUUCAUUGCCUACUAAUUGUCGUCGUUAACUGCAAGACUCUCAAACGAGACGUGAAAGCAUUAAAUGAAAUAAAGGCAUCACUGGGUUGGAGAGUGGUAUAUGCUUGGGUUGGUGAUGAUCCUUGUGGAGAUGGUGAUUUGCCCCCAUGGUCUGGUGUCACAUGUACCACUGUGAGUGGUGGUGACUAUAGAGUUGUUACUGAAUUGUGAGUUUCUUGUCACUCUAUAUU